ACUAUAAAUAGAGGGAUCCGUGCCAUGAACUUACUACUACAUUCAUCAUUACACAUUCGAUUAAUACUUGAGAAUUUAAAAAAAUGGCGCGUUUCUCUGGUUUACACCUUCUCUUCUUCUCCUUCAUCAUAGCUACAGGCACAGUUACCGUCGUAUCCGGCACCGUCUUCACCGUCGUGAACAGCUGCAGUUUCCCCGUCUGGCCGGGAAUCCUCACCGGAGACAACGGUGUACAACUCAACGACGGGGGAUUUGAAUUAGCCCCAGGAGCUUCCGUCGAUGUAACCGCACCUGCGGGAUGGUCUGGCCGAAUAUGGGGGCGAACGGGCUGCAACUUCGAUGGCUCCGGCGCGGGAAGUUGCCUCACCGGAGACUGCGGCAACAAACUAAAAUGCGCAGGCGCAGGAGGAGUUCCACCGGUCACACUCGCCGAAUUCACAAUCGGCACUGGUGGCGGGCAGGACAACUACGACGUAAGCCUGGUCGAUGGUUACAACAUCCAGAUGGCACUCACAACGCGUGACGGCUCAGGCGAUUGCCAAAACGGUGGAUGCGAUUCGGACCUGAACGGGAGCUGUCCGAACGACCAACGCGUUAUGGACGGAGCGAACGUUGUGGCGUGUAGGAGCGCAUGCGAGGCAUUUAAAAAGCCUGAGUAUUGUUGCACCGGUGCGUUCGAUAAACCGGAGACUUGCCCGCCGACGGAAUUGUCGAAGAUAUUUAAAGCAGCUUGCCCUAGAGCGUAUAGCUACGCUUACGACGACCGUAAUACGAGCCUUUUUACUUGCACCAAUGCUAAUUACUCCAUCGUUUUCUGUCCCAAAGCAUAGAUACAUCCAUUACCAUUAUCAUUAUUAGCAACUAGUAUUAUGUACCGUGUAAUCGCUGAAUGCAAUAAACGCUUUUGCGGGAUGUGAUAAAUUCCGCAGGCUGAUAUUAUAAGAAAUAAUAAACCUACAGAAUGAAAUUUAUGAAAAAA